AUGUCUUGGUCAGGGACGAAAAACGGAGGUCGACUGCGUGCAGUUGUAUCGCUGUCGGUGCUUCUCAUGGUUGCCAUAAUCGCUGUGGCCUCCAUGCGGAGAGAUGGCUCGAUCAUGGAAGUAGAGUUAGUCUCGCUGGACCCGCAAUGCCGGGCUGCGUUGCAAGAGGCGGCUAACGCAUUGGGGUGGUCCUCGUUGGAGGAUUAUGAGCAGAACUUGAUCUCUCAGGGCAAGCCCGUCAAGUGCGGAGAUCGAGUUGUGAAGCUGAAGGACACGACCCAACCCAAGAAGUCUGAAGACGUGAUCCAGUGGCUGUUUGGUAAUCUGUUCGACGACCACCAUCGUGCUGUCAAGAAGGGGGAGAAGGUUGAGCGAACGGCGGUAAAGAAUGCUGAGGUGCAUGCAACUGUUGCUCAGACACGUCCGCAUGCUGGAGCGAUCGCAGGAGGAGAGAAGCAAGUCCACUCAGACAAGAGCUCGCUGAAGGAGGCAACUGGCCAGGGGCAGGACAAGGCAGCUAGUGCAGUAGAGGAGCACGUGCAGAAAGUUCGUAUCGCUUCCGCCCCUCAAACAACCCAGAAAGUUGCUGCUCGUCCUGUUGCUGAGCAACCUGCUAGCACACAGGUUGCGAAGCAGCUGAAACCGCUGUCAUGGCCUGCUGUUGGUUCUACCCUCCCUGAGAGAUCAGCCAAGGUCAGCGGGCAGGGUCAGGAAAGUUUGGCGUCUAAUGCAGAGGGAAAGUCUGCGAGCCAGAAGCUGAGUGUGAUGACUUUGAAUAAGUUGGAGAAGAAGGCGAAGAAGCUAGGCUAUCUCCUGGUACCCAAGUCGCUGGAGCGGGAGGCGAAGAAUCUAGGAUACGAUCUGGUACCUGAAGCACCAGCUGCCAAACAGGAGGAGGAGAAGUAUGUGCUGGAAAGCAGCGUGGACAAGACGUCCCAACUUGCUCAGAUUCCAAUGAAGAGAUCAGAGCUUGUCAAGGAGAAGAAGGAGGGAGCUGAGAAGAAGAGCGAGGAGGAGGAGAAUGGGAAGGGAGACGAGUUGCUGGGAGGGAGCAAAGUGAGGCUGGAGGAGGAGGCGAAGUUGGAGUCAGAGCUGAAGGAGCACUUCAAGGAGAAGGAGGAGAGGAAGAAGAAGAUGCUGAAGGAGGAGGCACAGCAGAAGAAGAGGCGGGAAGAGGAGGCUGCGAUGAGGGCAGUCAGGCGAUACGGAAGCAUGCUAACGUUCCCUGAUGAAACAAGAGCCAAGUUCCUCAAACUCGUUGAGAGGCCUGCGGAGCAGGUGAAGGAUGAGGAGACAUCCAUGAUUAGGAAGAAAGCUUUCAAGACAGCGGUGAAGCAACUCAACGACUACAACAUCUUGGAGUUCAAAGAAGAUGAGUUGCAUCAUUCUGCCGGCAGCAAGGCCAGUGACAAAACAAUCGCGGAAACCAAUGAAGGGAAGACGAAAGUUGUAAACAAGCAGACAAGCUUGAAGCAACGGGUGAUGGUGCAAACAGAGAACAAGAGCAAAGUUGGAGAAAAAGACAAAGUCUUCACGGCCGUGAAGGCAACAGAUGUGAAACCAACUCCUCAAAGUGCGAAGACGGUCAUUGCACCAAGAACAGCAAAGCUGCAAUGGGAUGGGAAAGGAAUCCCUCAUUUUUGA